AGUGUUGGGGUGUGAUCAUGGGAGGAGGGUGGCAACAGAGAGGAGAGGGAGGAGGCGCUUGGAUACGGAGCCACACACAUCACAGACGCAGAUUUCAAAGCAGAGUCAGGACCACAGAGCCGCCGCAUCGCACGCACGCUCGCAUCGCGGAGGUUUGGAGGACGCACAAAAUCAACACAUUUUGGAGGACCAAUAUAAUCAGGAUCACAGCUUGACUAAAUGCGACAUUUUCUUUAGCUUUAAGAGGUCCAGAUAUCUGAGUGCAUCAUGGAUUUUGUGAUGAAGCAAGCGUUGGGUGGAGCCACCAAAGACAUGGGUAAGAUGUUAGGAGGAGAGGAGGAGAAGGAUCCUGAUGCCCAGAAGAAAGAGGAAGAGCGUCAGGAGGCUCUGAGACAACAAGAGGAGGAGCGGAAAGCCAAACAUGCUCGCAUGGAAGCGGAGAGGGAAAAAGUCAGACAGGCCAUUCGAGAUAAGUACGGACUAAAGAAGAAAGAGGAGAAAGAAGCGGAAGAGAAAGCAGCUAUGGAGCAAGCAUGCGAGGGCUCACUGACCCGCCCCAAAAAGGCCAUCCCAGCAGGCUGUGGGUCGAACGACGAGGAGGACGAGGAGAGCAUUCUAGACACCGUCCUCAAAUUCCUCCCUGGACCUCUGCAGGACAUGUUUAAGAAGUAAAAGACACAAAGCAGUUUCUCGAAGGGAGAUUUUUGCCAAACAGGUGAAAGUCUUUUCACUGCCUUGACAGAAUUUGAUUUGCGCCUUUCUGAAGAUAGAAACACGGUUCAUAGGUUAACAACGUUUGGUGUUUUCACUGCCAUUCAGGUUCAGGUUGUUUACACUUUCUAUAGAUCUUUCUAUUUGUUUACUAAAGCAUCGCCAGGGUCUCUGAUAUUUUCAAAGUUUUCUUCCUUGGGUACUUUACUAUUGCAGUAGCCCAUAAAAUUACAGAACAUUCCAGAAGGCUGAUAUGGAUGGAUAAAAUUCACAUUGAUGUAUUUAACAGUCUAUUUUAGACGAUUUCCUGAGUGAAGCAAGAGUAUUUUUAAACAACAACUUUUAUUUAUUUCCUUCUGUGCAUAAUAUGGCUGAAUGCUUUCCUUUUAGUAGCGUGCAUGAGGUUAAGAUUUUUAAUUGUAUGAUCAGUUCAGUUUGCAAUUUGUAAGUCUGAAGAUGUUGAUGAAAGGAAUGAUAUGUUGUCAUUUAAAAGCGUGAGAUAUUGUUAUACGGGCUUAACUGUGCCAUCACCUGCUCACAUGGCAGUUCUCAUUGUCUGUGAUAUAUUGUUUCAUUUUAUACUUCUGUACAUUUAUUGUGUGAAUAAGAACUUGGCUUGACCACAAGUUAUAUUCACAUAUGUCUUGCCAGCAGUAGAUAUUAUAUCAGGAAUAGCUUAGUAAGCACUAGAACGGCAACAAUGGCACAGUUUAUCUUCAUACAAACCGGACCAAAUUACGUUUACAAUUAUGUGGGAUAUUUAAGAAUCGCAAAUCAUUACAGAAAUAACUUCUAUAUGUAUUCGGAUAUCAUUCACUACUGCCAAAACAAGCAGAUGAUCUGAUGUUAGAUUACUCAUGGACGACAAUCAGAAAUAUAUACAUAUAAGUACAUGAACAUGAUAAAUACAUACUCAGCUAGUCUUAUAAAGCUCUUUAUUUAAAAAACAAAUUAAGAUUUGGUAUCGAUAAUUACAAAAAAAAUAUAUUACAUUUUAUUACAUAAAUGUGUAAAAUAUAAAUGAAGCAUAAUUGGCAUUACAAAGAACAAAAAAGGGCUAAUAUUAUGCCCAUUUUUACAAGAUGUAAUAUAAGUCUCAGGUGUGCCUAGUUUUAGCUCAAAAUACCAUUUUUUUAUAGGAUGUCCAAAAUGCCCUUAUAUGGGCGUGAGCAAAAAGUGCUGUUUUCAUCUGUGUCCCUUUAAAUGCAAAUGAGCUACUGCUUUUGCUUAAUAAUGGAUCUGAUUCCAUUUGGGACAAUAGUAUCUUUAGCCGCAUUAGUGCUACAACACGCUAACAAACACACUUAGAAAAAAGCAUUUGGCUAAAUUUAACCAGUCAGUCAGUGGCUAUGGGUGGGGUUUGUUAGUGUGACAUCACAUUAAUAAGAGAAUCAAAACAGCAUGUUCUGGUUAUACGAGGAUUAAAAAAGUAGUGGGUGUCUUUUUUUCAUUUUAGGGGGGUAUGUCCAAACACCUUGUAAAAGUGGAUUUUGCAUAAUAUCGGCCGUAAUUAUAAUCAAAACGCAUUAGGAAAUAUUAAUAAAAGUUAAUGAGCUUUAAUCACAACAGUAACAAACAUGUAAAAUACCAAAGAGAUAGUGAGUAAUUCUCAUUUCAGUGCUUUAGUAAACAUUGAGGUGGAUGGCACAGUGCUGAAAUACUAAUAAACAGCAUGUUAACUCUAUUACAACACAAUAAUGUGUAGAUGAAUUGCUUACAUCUGAUCAACAACAAACAUUUCUGCCUGCUGUGAAACAAAACUAACAUGAUAGUUUAUUCAAAUCCUCUCAUAUGGUUCAAAAUAUUUAUCUUAGUGCUUGCUGAUGUGCAUUUUUAAAUGUUUAAAAGCCUUGUUUUAACAUGCCAUUUGAUAAACAUGUCAAAGACUUAUUUCGGGUGGAAGAUAAAAUGUUUACAUAGCUGUUUAUGAAUACAGGGGUAUAAAGAAAACUCAUUUUGUAAAGUAACACUCGGUUAGGAAUUGUGUUGCAUGAUAAAAAAUAACUUUAGAUAUGUUAUUGUUUUGCUGAUUUCACAAAGUAUAUGUUUUUCAACCAAUCAGAUUUAAAUGUGACCCUUUUGAAACUCUUUUAGCAAUCAGAAAUGUAUUUGUACCCAUUAGACUGGUUGUUCUGCGAUCAAAAUGCUUUUUGUAAAGUUCAUUCAAAUCUUAGUAUGGCAUUUUAGAAUAACGUCCUACUUUAAAGUAAACUCUUAUUUUGGCAGUACAGAAGUAUGUUUUUUAAAUUAAACUAUAUAAAGAAAGAAUGAGAUUACCUUUUUCAUUUUUGUAGUGCUGAAGCGUUUUUCACUAGUCAAAGCCAUAUUGUUAGACUGCAAUAAUUUAUGAAAAAAUAAUACAUGUAGUCAUGCAUAUGUUUUCUGGACAGAUAUGUUGAUUUAAUCAAUGUCAGGAAGUGUAUAUACAUGGACAUUUCUGUAGAGACAGAUUGCAUCUGUAUUGUAGUAAUGUCUACUAUAUGUACUUAUUAAUGUGUGUAUUUAUAUGUGUGUCUGUAUUUGUUUGUGCUGUAAAAUAUGUUAUUUCAUGUUGUAUCUGUUGAUGUCUUUCAAAUCAUGUGUGCACAUUCAAGCAGACUGUGGCCGCUGCCAUGGAUACAGUUGCGUAAGGUUGUGGGAGUUGUUAUGUAUAUGUAUGCAUGCAGAUGAACUUUGCAUUAAAUACCAAAUCAGAA